AUGUCUACCCAAAAUGCUCCCCGUCGCACCCGUACAUCAAAUGCAACCACUUGGCCUGGCCAGAUAGUGCUUGACGCAAAGAUCAAGAGGCAUACCAAAGCGCAAAAGGCCGCCGACGACCUUGCCCUCAAGGAAGCACAGGAAGCACAGGAAGCACAGGUCCAAAAAGGGCUGGAGCGCUUGGCUGGUAUGCAAAAUGAGAUGGAGAAAGUGCAGGAAGAAUUACUCAACAAAAAGGCGAUCCCCGUUCGGCCCAAGCCAAGGGCUCGUAAGGCGACUAAACCUGUAGCAAGGAGUGGUGGUGAUCAUACUGACAACAUGUUGGAAGCUGAUGAGGCAAAUGACCUCCGGGAGGCUGUCGAGACCGUGGAGGCUGUCGAGACCAUGGAGGCCACCAAUAACAUGGAGGAUGGAACCACAGGCGCAAAUAAGAGGAAGGUAAUAAAGAAAGGUGGAAAGGCGCUGAUAAAGGAUGCUAUCAGUAACAUGCAAAAGAAGAUCAACGAACCAUCAUCAAAAUUGGAAGGUGAUAACGCCAAUAACGUGGCAUGUGUAUCUGAUGGGAAAGAUACGCCAGCACCUUUCAAUGCUACCACUCAAAAAUUCGCAUUGGGUGGCCAGGUGACCAAUUGGAUUUCAGGCGUCAAGCCUGGAAAAUCAGAACCCAUGUCCCGUGCAUCCAGCACCUCAUUUCCAACUCAAGCGCCUCCAUCAUCAAUUUUCUCACAAGGCACUGCCUCCACUGCGGCAACUUCGGAUGCACAGGUCCCAAUUCGCAAGCCUGCAGCUCCUGUUGCAGAAGCCCUCAUUGGCGACUUUGCAGAUGAUAUCGAUGAUACGUUGGAGCGCGAGGCCACUAUUGCGCAAGGCAAGGGGAAAUCGAAGGUGGCCUCGAUAUUCGAAGAUAACAUGGACUUCAACGAGCCUAAUGCUCCACCAGCGUAUGAGUCGGAUGAUGAUUCUGUGACUUCAUUCACAGAACAGGAACGGUACUCGCAGGAGCCUCGGGCUCCAUUCACACAGAUCGAAAAUCGCGGGACCCUCAAGCGAAAAGCUAGUGUGGAUGACGUCUUCGAUGACGACGAGGAGUCUAUGGUGUCUGACUGGUCCAUGGAUAUCGAAGGCCCCGAUUUUGAAGACAUGUUCGAGCCCGAGCCCGAGCCUCCAGUGGAGGUGAAGAAGGAGAAAGAUCCGCGCAAAACAUUUUCAACAUCAGUAUUGGUUGUGACUGCUGUCCCUGCCAGUGACAGCAAACCACCUGCUCCCAAAAAAAUCAAAGUCGAGGCAUCCGCUGCACGUGCCCGCGGCACCAAAUGCCAGCUCAACGUGGACACUGUGCCAGAUAACAUGAAACCUCAUAGUGCGUAUCGUAACAUUGAUUUACCUGCCACGUUGCAGGUAGAUCAACGCUGGGCAAAGAAAUAUCUUCCUACCGUUAUGUUAUGGGCCGGAAGUUAUGAAGACCUCUGGACUAUCCCAGACGACGUUCUUCUCCUUCAUGCGCAGCUAAUUUUCAAUGCAGUAUUCAAGGAGCUCAAUAUCACUAUUGUUCAUGGUGGCGUGAUUCAUUCCCUUACUGCGCAGCAAAUUUCUGAAUGGCGCAGCAACUUCGGCUCGACGGGCCUGGUCAUUAUCGUGGACUUUUUGUCACGAAACUCUGACUGCGAUUCUGUUCAACUUGCCGCCCACCUUCUCGCAGACUAUGCAUUCCUAUUCGAGGACCCUGACAAGCCAAGCCCCCUCACGACGUACCGUUCUCCUUUUGUAUUACAGCUGUUGGGUACAGCACAUCUUAACGCCAUUAGUGGGUAUGUUGACGUUCCUGACCUCGACACACACGCACUUGUGACAAGGGCCAUCAGGAUGUCGGGUGUUAUUGCCCUUUGUGCUGCAGCAAUCGAGCGUGCCCUGGGAAUGUUCGCGAACAAAAAUUUGAAAGUCAAGGAUAUAUUGGCGACCAGUUGCAGAGGUAAACUCAUCAUCAAACUACCCAAAGUCCUCAACAAGGUCACCGGGAAGAUGACCAAUGCCCCGUUUUUGUUUUCAGCAGCUCGCUGGGGCAAAGUCACUGCAUCUUUCAUCAAGUCUAUCUCGAGCAAGCCUGCUGGGUACGUAGAGACCACAGUACAGAUGGCGCGUGCUUGUACUGCCUUAAACGAUGCCAUCGAAUCACCGCAGGGCUCACUUAACGACGACGAGUCAGAGGACGAUGAGCGUGCUAUGCUUUGGGAAGACGGUGUAAAUGAGAAUAUGGGAAGACCGUUGGGCAAUAACAACCUACCAGAAACCCCAUUCAUCCCCAGGCACAAUGAGCAGCGUACACCUUCCCUGUCUAUGCACGGUGUCAAUAAUUAUAUGAACCCCCAGCCGGCCGGUACACCAUACCUUGGUCAUGGAAACUUGCACACUCCUUUCUCAUCAGGCAGUGAGCUGCGUUCUCGCUCACAGUCCUUGGCACCAGGUGGAGGCCACGACCCUGACUAUAAUCAGUUUGCACGACCUCAUCAAUCACACGGCGUGGGAACAUACCCAUACCAACGCGGUGGUUUGCUUUUCCAGGACCAAACUGGAGACAUGCAGUACUCGGGUCCACAGGGUAGAACUGCCAGUGCCAGCGAAUUGCUGCAUCUGUCUGAAAGCAUACAACAGUUUUGUAGUAAUAUUACGACCUCAAACAAUGCACUUACAGCACAAGUGCAAACACUUCAAGGCGAGAUGCAGGGUCUUAAGGGAGAGAUAGCGUAG